AUGCCGGGGCCUGCACAAGGCCUGGAGUCGCGCAUGAAUGCGAUGUCCAUCUCUGGACAUGAGUAUGCUAAUGGGAAUCGCAGCACAAAACCUCCGGGUAGUGCGACCGCACUCUCAAACACAACGUGGCUCGCCGCGCAGCAGCGCAAAGCAGCACACCAGCCGUUUCAGCCACGCCCACUCAAAAACGUCGUAAAUGCAGAAGGAAAGGGCGCUACCCGCCAGCCACUUGCAUCAUGUCAUGCGAUUGGGAAUACACCUACUGCCACGCAUGCGAUGGUGGAAAAACCGAAGCUUGCUCGACCGCCGAGUAUGUCGACGAUGCGCGUUGCGCCUCCGCCGCGCGAUGGGCUAGAUAAUGCACGCAGUGCACGCACGGUUGAUGAUAAACGCAGCUUUAGAACUCAAUUGCAAGCACAAACACGCACAGCACCAUCCCAAGACCCACCUACCUUUGACCUUGGGCGGUACGAUGGUGGUCUGGAACGCGACGAAAGCAAAGGGCGACGCGAAACGGCACAUCGCUUAAGCGGCGAAGACGAUGCACUCGCGAUGGACUCAUCUAUGGAUGGGCUGAAGCAUAACCCCACGCGCCAAUGGAGCCUGUCCCAGUUUGAGAUUGGACGGCCAUUGGGCAAAGGCAAGUUUGGGCGUGUCUACUUGGCGCGCACCAAACCAGUGCCUUCUGAGCAGCUUCAAAACCAAGGCUACGUGGUCGCACUGAAAUGUGUGUACAAGAAGGAGCUCGUAGAAAACAAGGUGGAUCUUCAGCUGCGGCGCGAAAUCGAGAUCCAAAUGAACUUGCGCCAUCCGAACGUGCUGCGCAUGUUUGGCUACUUCCACGACCACGGCCGUAUCUUUAUGAUGCUCGAGUUUGCCGGGCGCGGCGAGCUGUUUAAGAUCAUGUCCAAACUACCCGAUCGGCGCUUUGAUAAAGCGACUGCGUCGCGCUACAUUGCCCAAAUCGCCGAUGCGCUCCAGUAUCUGCACUCGAAGCACAUUAUUCACCGCGAUAUCAAGCCGGAGAAUCUUUUGCUUGGGAUCCGCGGGGAAGUCAAAAUAGCCGACUUUGGCUGGAGUGUGCACGCGCCGAGCAACCGGCGCGCGACGCUGUGCGGCACAUUGGACUACCUGCCUCCUGAAAUGGUCGAAGGGAAAACGCACAGCGGCGCUGUGGAUCUGUGGGCGCUAGGCGUGCUCACAUACGAGUUUCUGGAAGGAAUGCCGCCGUUUGAGGAGCUCAGUGGAGCGAGUAUGACGUACAAGCGCAUUGCCGCAGUCGACUUGCGCAUGCCAUCGCACAUUGACGAAGACGCGCAGGAUCUGAUUCGAUCUCUAUUAAAGUACAAUCCUGCAGAGCGCUUGCCGCUCUCGAAAGUGCUUCGCCACCCUUGGAUUGUGCGUCACGACCCCAACGCGCAUGUGCGUGCCUCCAAGUUUGUGAACAAAAGUUGA